UAUUCAAAAACAACACAUUUCCAAGAUGGCAGCCGACAGUCGGCAAAAUAUGAUUUGAGCCUUUACCCUUAGAUUUACUGUAGAGUUUAACAAACCAACUCUAAAGAUGAAGUUUACGGAGCAUUUAGGGACACAUUUGACUCCAGAAUGGCGAAGCCAGUACAUUCAAUACGAGAAAAUGAAGGAAGUCCUAUACUCAGGAUUUGAAAAAAUGCCCCCUAAAGAAGACUCACCAGCCUCAGACAUACAGAGGUAUUUUAACAAAUUCCAAGAUGAGUGGUUUCAGAUUUGUGACGAGGAGCUGCGUAAGAUUAACACAUUCUUUGCAGAAAAAAUUGCUGAGGCUGAUCGUAAGUUCACUUCGUUGAAGAAUGAUCUGGCCCUGUUAGAUAACCUUAGGGGAGACUCCGCCAGAACCGUAGUGAAUGGAAGUAAGUUGACAUUAGCCUCCAAGACUGCUAAGCUUGGCAACAAAACCAAGAAGACUAUGAACGACAUGAAGCUGGCCUUUAGUGAGUUCUACCUCAGCCUGGUCUUGGUUCAAAAUUAUCAGCAAUUGAAUUUUACUGGAUUUAGAAAAAUUCUAAAGAAACAUGAUAAGAUAUUUGACACAAUGAGUGGCGUCUCCUAUAGGCAAUCGAAAGUUGAGACCUCGCUGUUUUUCACAAAUAAGCACGUGGAUGACCUUAUUUUAGAAGUUGAGAGUAUAUUUAUCUCGGAACUGGAGCAUGGUAAUCGCUCCAAGGCAAUGAACAGACUAAGAGUACCACCGUUAGGAGCGGAAACAACAGGAGACUGGGUGAAUUUCCGUGUCGGAUUUUAUGCGGGGAUAUUUUUUAUGAUGAUAAUAAUCAAUAUUAUUGCAAUAUUUUAUACGGAUCAUUCGGGUGAGCUGGAGGUUGUUAUCCGGACCUAUCGGGGCAUCUUCCUCGUGGUGCUCGUCACAUUCCUUCUUGCGAUCAAUACCUGGGGCUGGAGGAAGGCGGGCGUAAACCAUGUGCUGAUAUUCGAGCUAGAUCCCAGGAAUCAUCUGAGCUACCAGCAACUACUCGAGGUUGCUGGCAUGAUCGCCAUAGUCUGGGCACUAUCUCUGACAGCAUUUAUGUUUGGUCACGUGGUCGGCAUCCCGUAUUAUCUGCCAAACCUCGUGCUUGUGUCGUUGCUCGUCGUCUUUAUGUUCAAUCCGUUUAGAUGUUGCUACUUCAAGGCCAGAUUCUGGCUUCUCAAGGUUCUUUAUCGUAUUGUUACUGCACCAUUUCAUCAUGUGGGUUUCGCUGAUUUCUGGCUGGCUGAUCAGCUCAAUAGUUUAGUUGUAGCGUUGCUCGAUUUUGAGUACAUCAUAUGUUUCUAUUCGUAUGACUGGCAUUUAAAAACAUCAAAGGAACACGUGUGCCAAACCAAUAUUUACGGCAUCAGACCGCUGGUUGCUUGCUUGCCUGCGUGGUUUCGUUUCGCUCAGUGUAUCCGUCGUUACCGUGAUACUAAGCUAGUGUUCCCACAUCUAGUGAAUGCUGGGAAAUAUUCCACUUCAUUCCUUGUAGUUGUCUUCUCUACCUUGGCCCGCUCCACGGUUGCAACUGAUUAUUUUUUCAUGUUGUGGAUAGCAUCGGCCGUGUUUAGUACGUGCUACACACUUACGUGGGACAUCAAGAUGGACUGGGGUCUACUAGACAAGGACGCUCCGUCAGACAAUAGAUUUCUGAGAGAUGAGACUGUUUAUAAAAAGGUGUUUUACUACUUGGCGAUGUUCGAAGACCUCGUGUUCAGGUUUCUUUGGACGCUUACUGUAUCAGUGAGCGAUGCCAAUAUAUUGAAUUCGGAACUACUCAAGCUAUGCCUCUCUGUCUGUGAGGUGUUUAGGCGGUUUGUGUGGAACUUCUUCCGUCUUGAGAAUGAACAUCUAAAUAAUUGUGGACAGUUCCGUGCCGUGCGUGACAUCUCAAUCAUGCCACAUGACUCCCACCAUCAAGUGAACUUAGAGCGAAUGAUGGAUGACACUCGAGGCCUGGGCUCCAGCCAUAAGCACCGCAAGCCGAGCUGUGUGGCCAAGUCCAUGAAGAGACUGAACUCACAGGUCUUUGCCCAGAACAACGACAUAGCACUACAUGCUGAUACAUUUUUGUGAUUACCAAGACGACGUCACGCUGAUACACAUGAUUACCAUGACGACGUCACACUCCACGCUGAUACACGUGAUUA